CAGGACCAGUUCAGCAUGAAUACAGCUAAGUUGAUUGGCAGCAAGCAUUUGUCCGUUCUGCUAAAAGAUGAAAUAUUUACAGACUUCUUCAACACAUUCCUGAAUCUUCCUGUGUUUGGUCAGACACCUCUUUUCAUUUGCAGAACAUGUCAGUGGUAUCUGUGGCCAGAGUUACCAUGCAACCAGGUAUCAAAGCACAAAGGCCUGUUGAAUUGGAUGGAGAAGCAUCGGCUGCCUUUCUUCUGCAAAACAAAUCUGUUUCUUCACUAUGUACUCUGUGAGGAGCUUGUCAGUUUCAUCCGCUCUCCAGAGGCAGCGGAGAUGUUGCGAUGGAAAAAGGCUGAUCAGUGGCUGCUUGAGAAAUGCAUUGCUGGCAGCAGAGGCAUGUGGCGUUUUCGGUCCUUCAUGCAAGGAAUGGCAGGAGAAGAUCUCACCAAGUUCUGGCUUGCUGCAGAGAGGAUACUUGGGAUUGAUGAAAGAGAUGAAUCCCAGCAAGAUCUCUAUGUGUCACUAAUCCAGAUCCUGAUGGCCACCCACUUGCAAGAAGGGUCUACAGUUGUCACCCUCUGUAGCACAACUGUUGAAUCACUUCUGAAAAAGACUCCCUUCCACCGGCAACACAUCCACACUCGGAGGGAAAUCCUACGUGAGAUGCAGAAAGUGGUCCUGUUCAAGAUUGAAAGCUAUUGGCUCCCCAACUUCUUCAUUCAUUGCAAAUUAAGCAUGGAGGAUGAGCCCAAGUGUCUCCAUCUGCUCAAGCAGUAUCAUGACCGUUCACUUCAGUCAGGCCUGCAGAGGCAGAAGUCAUCGGCUCUGUCUUCCAUGAGCAUCCGAGAAAGCAGUUUGGACACAAAAUCCUACUACAGUUUGAAAAACAAGAGGGAAAUCUGGGAUCAGAUCAGAGGUAGGAGCCUUUCUCACAAAGGGAAAAAAAAAGAUGGCUGCAGCCAGAAGCUCAAAUCGCAUAAAGGCAGUCCGAUUCCCAAGAAGAUGACAUUCUCCAGAAAAAACUUCUCAAGUUCCAGCCCUCGACACACGGAACUCAUCUGGGACUCUGAGGAUGUGAUGCCUUUUGACGAAUCACCAAGCUUCAAAAGCAGCCCAAGCGAGUUCUUCACCUCCCCUGUAUCUGAUGCGUUCCCUGACAAGUGCACCUUCAACAAAUUGCGCUCCUCCACUCCUGUGGUGCAGUUCCCUUCCAUGCUUGCUCUGAAAACCCUCGUCAAAUCUGCCCCAUGCCUAGACUUCCUUCCUUGGGUGCUCACGGCUGACAAAUGUGCAGGACGCCCCUUCAGGGAGUUUUUGUUGCGACGGAACUAUGCAGUAGAAGUCCAUCUGCUUGAUCUGUGGCAUGACCUGGAGGACUUUUUGCGCAUGAUGUUGUGCUCCCUUGGUGAAGGGAACAUCCUUCUGCGUCAUGUGAUGGGGGAAAGGAUUUGUGAGCUGUACCUGACGCAGAGCAACAAUUGGCAUCUGCCUCUGAAACUAACGACACUCCAGAGUUUGCAGAAUCUCCUGCCUUCUGGUCAUGUGAUUCCCUGGGUCCUGAAGGCACAGAAGGAAAUCUGUAAGAUACUCAGCUUCCUCUAUGAGGAGUUCCUUCAGAAUGAUGACAAAAUGUUCCUGUAUUAUGUGAGUGGCAAGGAAAAGAAACCAAAUGCAGAAGAACGGUAUGACAGAACUGAGAACCUGCAGCUGAUCAAAAGGAUUGUUGAAUCCUUGCAUCUGAGCCAGGCCUUAGCUGGCAUGAGAGACAUUGACCUGCUGACACGAGAGCACUGGCGACUGUUGGGCAUUCAGGACCUGGCCAUGGGAGGCUCUAUUUUCAUGGAAUUGGAGCCUGUUGUGCCACAGAGAGAUUAUGGCGGCAUGACGUUUGAGGAGCUGGCUCGGCUGAAUCCCAAGAUGGCUGUGGAACUUCUUAGCAAGAACUUCAGGGAGUUCUGCAAGAGAUGUCCAUCAGGCAAAGUGUUUGUUCGGCCAGUGGUUCCCAAAAGGAGUCUCCAAUGGGCCAGAUCAAGUUUCUCCUUCCUGAGGAAGGCUGUGAUUAGGAAACCAAUUUCAAAGCCCAGAACUCUUUCUGAAGUGAUGCAGAACUCGCUCCAUUUUGAGUACUUCAAGAACUUCCUUCGGCUGCACAAUGCAGAAGCCCCUCUCCUUUUCUGCCUGGCUGUAGAAGAUAUAAAAAAUGAGCUAGAUCCCAGGAUUCAGCAUAUGCAGAUCAACGAGUGUGUCCGAACUUACUUCUUAAAUGCUAUCCCACCUGAAAAACUGCUGCAUUGCGAUGAAUAUGUCAUCCAUGAGAUUCCAAAGUUACCAUCAGUCCCUGUUCCCAUAUUGGUCACUGCUCAAAUAUUAGUCCUGAGGAACUUGGAAGAAAAGUGGUUUAAUAUGUACCAAGGCCUAUAUCCUGAUAGUGAUGUUGCCCUUGUUUCAGCUGGUUGGAAGACAAAGAAGGAUUCUCAAUUGACAAGCAAGCAGAAAAGAUGCUGGUGUAUUCUUACCGCCUUCAUCAGGAGGAUCUGCAAGUUCCGAAAGGCAAUGAGUUAUGUGGGACAGCGCAAACGCUUUGAGAACUUUCUCCUCAAGGAGGUGAAGAACGACAAGGAAAAUAUGCAGAGUCCAACUCAAACAAAGCCUGCAAGUCAGGGUGGAGUUAGUGGGCGUUAUGGCCCAGCUUCUGGACUAUCAGAAGACCCUGAAUCACAACAGGUGAAGCGCAAACUACCUGGUGGUCGCAUCAUCUCAGUCAACUUCUUGGUGAAUGAUCUCUACUUUUAUCUAGAAAUGGAGAGGUUUCUUCACCUGUCUGACACUGUGGUCAUGCUGGCUUCUCUUGGGUUCUAUACAGAGAGGGAUAUUGUCUUCUUGAAGAACAAAGUGACCACAAUCUCCAAACUAUUUCUGAACUCAGAUAUCCCACCUAAACUCAGGGUCAAUCUCACAGAUGCACAGUGUAUUCAGAUUCGGACUUUAAUUUCUGAAGGGGUGCUGAACAGGACUCUUUAUCAUGGUGCUAUAAUUUCCAUCUUCCCACAUUUAUUAUACUUCUGGAAGAGAUACUGUUAUUGGAAAGUGAUGAAAUAUUUCAGAAAACGUAAAGGAGAAAAAGCAGAUGAGUCUCCUCCUCCACCACCAUCAUCACUUACAAAGGCAGCUAGGAAGAGCAGUGGUUUCAGUGGAGAAGAUCAUCCAAUCAUCAGGUUUACUCUGCUCAGGGGAAUACAGCUACUGCUGCCUCAACUAAGGGAGGCAACAGACGAAUCACCGGGAGAAAAAUCAUCGACAGGAAGUGUAGUCCGUAGGAAAUCGUCAUCUGGUGCCUCUGUGCAAAAAAGGACAUCAAUUUUUGAAGAUGGAAAAAAAGUGUUUUAACAGUUUAGUAUCUUCCCUUCCGGAAGCACGAUGUCACCACUUUGUCAAUGGUGAUAAAUUUCUGCUGCAACAUGUGGAAACUGAGUUGUCUAUCACCACAGCAAGCCCAUUACUUGACAAGCCUGGAAAGAUCUUUGGGAGCUAAGUGAUAAAAGUAUAUUUUCCCGCCUGGGAUGUAUUUUUCUAAUCCUUUCUAUUAACUCUCAGAAAGCAGAAGCAACCAAGAAAAAAGGAUAGAGAGAAAAGAAAGAAUUGAGGAUAUGUCUUUCUGUGCAUACAGGCAUAAGAAUCCCUGCAAAAUUUAGAGAACCUCUCUAAGUAUAAUUAAAAUAGGUGUGUCCACCCCUUUGGUAUAAUUUUAAGAUUGAGUGGGUGGAUUUCUAUUUUAUUAUAAUGACAAGUUAUCGUUUCAGAUUUUAUUUGUAAAAAAAAUCAUUGUUUCAGUUCAGGAGAUGAAACAGGUACUUGUAAGAGAUAAUAGCAUUUCUGGAAUAAGCAGUUAUCUUAAUCAUGAAAUACUGAUCUCUUAUUAAACCUCCCCUGUCAGAUCUUUCUAUAUUGACAAGCUUAGUACAAAAAUCUAUCUUUAUUUCUUUCUUCAAUCAUCCCAUCAGAUGUCACAGAAUCAGCAGCCACUUUAUCACUUUUGGUUUUUUCCAGGUUUUUUAAAAAAAUCUACCCUGAAUCUAAAGAUUUGGCAGCAUCUUCAGCAGUAGGUCAAUAGUCCUUUAAAGAAUCCAAAUUUCAUCUGUCAACAGAUACUGUGGAAACAUUAGGCAGCAGCAUCCACAGCAAACCACUAUGACAUUAAAUUAAUGGCAUGCGUGUAUUGAUGCUAUCUUACAUACGCUGUCCUUAUCUGUUUGCAUCCUAAUGUCUGUCUCAAGCACACAAGUCCCAGCAUUAGCAGGAUGAUGCAGCCAUAUACGUUUUGUCAUUUGUUUUGUUGAUGAUUUCUUAACCUAUGACUCCAGGAAAGGGGAAGGGGAGAGGGACAAUGACCUAGUUUUAUUUUUUUUUUUAAAUCCUUUGGCGUAAGAGAGAAUCACUUUGAAAAACCACAGAUACAUAUGUUGUUACCAUUUGCAUACCAAAAGAGGCCCAUCAUAUGUUCACGAUAUUAUUGCAGCUACCCACUAAAAAUCAGAAUUACAAUACAGGAUCACAGAAUCCUCCAAAAUCAUUGGUAUUCUCUUUUGCAAUCAUUACUCCCAAGUACCCCAUUCACCCCACAAAAAUGCAUUCAUUCCCUUAAGAGCUGUUACAGUGACUUAAAAAUCUGGGAUUGUUUUGAAUUGUAUCCUGUGUCACAAGCCAUACUUCCAGUAGUUGCUAAUCCAUUAUUUUUCGACACUGGCAACUUGAAAAUAUGUGGACUUUCAACUCCUAGAAUUCCCCAGCAAGCAUCCGCACACCUUCAGGUUACCAAAGUGAAAAAAUAUUAUCUCUCCAUGUUUCCUGAUCCCAAACACUGGAACUCCACCUGGCUGUUUUUCUGUAUUCUAGAAGGAAGCUGGACUCAGCUAUAUUAGAAAGAAGCUAUGUUUCUUUUGUUAGGAUGGACAUAUGUCCUGGAGGUAUAUAUUGCAUUGUCGCACAUUUAUAAACAAUUCCAGAUCCUAUACACACGAAAGAAAUUUGAAACAGCAAAUUUGAAAUAUUUUUUUCCUGCAAGUUUCUCUUUCAUUUAUGAAGGGAUUUUAUGUCAAGCAGAGCAUAAUGAAAUGUGCUUGUUUUUUUCCCCUGCAGCUGCAGCCUGCAUUGCAUUUACAAAACGUUGCUUGCUGUCCGUUUGUAGGUCAAAGAUCUUCACAUCAAGCAAGGAGGGCCUGCAAGCCACACUUCCUCUUAACAUAAAUUCUUUUUGUAUUUCUCUUUACAUCGAGUCUGUUUUAUAUUUAGAUAAAAUUGAAUAACAUUUCAGCACAU